AUGGCUAAUGCUUUGACGCAACCCAUUCCCCAGUCCUACGUCUACGAGGAGGUUGAGCCUCCUCAUGAUCAUCUUAUCGUCCUGUUAGACAAAAUUGCAGACCAGCGACCGCACCAAAGAGCAAUUUGCUCACUUCAUCAGACGAACAAUGCCAAGACACCGGACGCUGAUGAAGAUGGAGAAACGUCCCUAUGCUGGACAUUCUCUCAGCUACAAUCCUUUAGCUUUACGCUGGCAGCUGUCCUUAUCUGUAGAGGAGUCGCCCCCCGGGAAAACAUAGUGGCUAUCCUUCACAACCAGGCUGAAUGGGCACUCGUUUUCUGGGCAGCCCUGCGCAUGGGAUGUCCGUUCAUCCCACUAGAUCCACGAAUGUUGGACCACUCAGAGGAUUUAUCCUACAUUAUUGGAGAGAUUGGACCGGCCGCAGUGUUUGUUUCCGAUGGAACGAUGGCGGAGAAGAUGGACCCUGUGCUGCCAACAUCCGGAAAUCAGCCCUCUGUGAAGUGUAUGGUGUCAUCCGACGGAUGUUCUGACAGAAACAGUCAAUGGACGGUAUUCUGGGACAUGAUUUGCAGGCAGCCUAGUCAUACUUCGCGGACACUUCAGCCCCUAGACAAGGCAGAAACUGCACUUAUCGUCUAUACCAGCGGCACCACCUCGCGGUCCAAGGCAUGUCCACAUCAGUCUCUUAGCGUCACUGUAGCGGCGCAGUGGAUACGUGACACUUUGUGCAUCGCUCCGAACUACACGAUAUGUCAGCAUCUGCCAGCAUUCCACUCAUACAGCAUUACCUUCACACUAGCCUACUGGUUGGCCGGGGCGACGGUGGUAUUCCCAAAACCGUCUUUCGACCCUGCUUCCACCCUCGAGACUCUCAAGAGAUUUGACAAUGUCCAUAUUCCGUGCGUGCCGUCUAUGCUCGAAGCUCUGAAAGACUAUUUAGCGCCGGGUGAAGGGCUGCCACGGCCCCCAUUUUCCAUUUCACUGGGAGGUGCCCCAGUCACUAUGCACACCCUUGAGCAGGCUAAGGCUCUGUCUGCUACGAGGGUGAUCGUUGGAUACGGCACCACAGAGGGAUUUAUCAAUCUCUUGAACAUCAUGGACGGUAGCGCCUUGGACUCGGUGGGGGAAGCGAUUCCAUGCGGGCGCACAUUCCCUGGGCUGGGGGUUCGUAUCUGUGGUCCCAAUAGCCGGAUCCCAGUCCCCAGGGGACAGGCCGGUGAGUUGCACCAGGGCGGCCUCGCUGUCUUUGCAGGGUAUCUCAAUGACACAUCGGCGAAAUGUUACCGAGAGAAUGGCUGCUUCUGGUUUCCCACCGGUGACGAAGCAUUGAUGGAUGAGACGGGCAACGUCCACAUCAUGGGGCGGUAUAAGGAUCUCAUUAUUCGGGGCGGAGAAAAUAUAUCGCCUCUCAAGCUUGAACAGUGCCUGAUGAAAAUCACUGAAGUCCAGUCUGCGCAUGUCGUUGGUAUCCCAGAUAGUGUUGCAGGCGAGGUGCCGGUCGCCAUCGUCACCCGCAGCUCAGGGCAUGACUUGCCCGUACAUUCCAUCCAGCGCAAAGUCGUCGAAGAGUUGGGACCUGCGUUCGCACCGCGCAUCAUCCUCGAUCUCAGGCAUGAUCUGAAAGAGGACAGCUACCCAAAGACUAUGGCGGGCAAGGUUCACAAGGCAACAUUGAAGCAAUGGGUCGUGGAUUACCUAAAGAAGUCUCCCUCGCUCAGGACAUCCAGUAAUGACGUGUUAGUCGACGUGCAACGAUGUUGGGCCUCAGUCACCGGUUUGGUUGCGGAGAGCAUGGAUAUCGAUGUGCCCGUCCGAAGCUUUGUAGACAGUCUCUCAUCAAUACAGUUUUGCCACAUAGCCAGCGGAGUCUUCCGAACAAGGAUCACAUCAAAGGACUUGGUUAUAUUCGACACGAUUCAGAAGCAAGCAGAGUUUUUUGGGGGAAGUAGCUCAUCCUGUCGACUUAUCAACCAAAAUGAGCCGAGUUGCAGUGAAACACCACCUAGCUCUCGGCAUACUGUUACCUAUCCAGGAACUAAGGCUGCUAUUGCGACGAGGUUGGAAGCCCUGGGACUCACUUCUGAACAUGUUGAGGAUGUUUUCCCAAUGACUGAUUUACUCAAACGCAUGAGCCGGGACAGCGCAAAACCAGACCGGUGGAAUGUGCGAAUAUCCUGGAUGGCCGACCCGUCCAUUGACCUCGACAAUGUCGAGUCCAUCUUGCAACUGUGGGUUCGACGCCAUCCCCUGCUGCGCACGACAGCCGUAUCAGUGGGAGACAAAGAUUAUUACGUGGUUAUGCGCCCUACUCAACGUCUGAUGAACCUCCAAAUACGCAAGGGCGGUCAUGUUACAAACCCCAAGGCGCUCACAAUGUAUAGGAUCGAUUGCGCAGAUCAUUGGGCCCCUGUAACAGGGCCCAUGUGCAAGGCGACAACCCUUCAAGUGCAACAGCCGCCUAGCAUCGGUGUCAUAAUAACCAUGCACCACGCCAUCUACGAUGCGUUUACUCUGAUUCAGUGGAUUAAGGAUCUAAAGAGGCUGUUUCGAGGCGAGGCAUACCCCUUGAACAUUCAUCCGUACAGUGAAUUCGCAGCGGACUAUGAAAGAUUCCGGAUGAAAGACUCCGCAAAGCAAGGUGUCAAUUUCCACGUACAAAGGCUUAUGGGGAUCACAUCUUCCGGACAUGCCAUCUGGCCUCCAGGAAGAACUACACGGGACGACAAAAUCACUACAAGCGAAGCCACAUUACCAGUGCUAGCCACAGAGGUGAAGGAGGGCAAGGGCGUCGGCACUGAAGCAGUGACACGCCUCGUUCACCUCCCGCGGAUCUCACAGGUCCGAAAGAAAUUGGGUCUUACCACAGCUGCAGUUGCCAAAGCUGCAUGCGUGCUAUUUAAUGUCCACAAGACCGGUGCGAAGGAGGCAAUUUUUGCCACAACCAACCUGGGAAGGUCCCGGCCGCUCAACGACGACGCCACGGCUACAGGGGAAGUAGUUAAUCCUCUGCUGAUUGACGGACCUACCGUAACCUGCCAUGUAGAACGCAUCCCCAUCGAGUCUAACGAGACCGCGGCCCAGCUGUUGACAAGGGUUGCUACAUUAACUGAUGAAUUGGAGAACUUUCUGCAUGCACCCUUGGACCAAAUCAUCUCCAGUCUAGAACGCCUGGAUCAGGCCAAUGACACACAGGAUGCAGCCGUACUCGCAAGCGUUUUUGAGCGACAGUUCUUUACCUAUCUUGGAGAACAAUAUGUUGAGGAGGAAACUGACCCGAUUAAGCUUCUGCAUACUACAACACGGGCCGACCUGGGCUUCGUGUGGUUCCCCCAUUUCCGUAAUGAUAGUCAACUGGAGCUCAAUGUGACCUUCCGAGAUGGUCUGUUAGGGGAGAAGGAGGUCUCCACGGCCAUGUCAGAGUAUCUCUCUGCCAUACAAUGGAAGCUUCAGGAGCUAGGAACCACGACAUGGUUCAUGCAACUGAGAUUCUGCCGCGGAGCGAAUGAAUGCGAAGACCGCGGGCUUAUCGCGACACCUACAAGAAACCGUGCUUAA